CGAAAAUGCUGAUGUCAAUCUGAAACUGAACAAAACAUGUCAACAUGGCGGCUUCCUCGAGUGAAAACGGUUCAAAUGGAAAACUUGAAUUCUUUCUAAAAGUCCCUUUCCCUUCAGAAAGAGAGGCAGCUAUUGCUCUGCAGUCUUUGUCCCCUGAUCCCGAGCCCAGAAAAGGAGGAAUCACCAAAGAUUUGGAUGUUGCAGGUCAAACUUUGUCUGUGAGAUGGACUGCAGAUGAAGCUCGUAUUCUUCGUGUCUCUGUAAGUUCAUUCUUGGACCACUUGUCUUUAGUGAUGGAGACUAUGGAUGCAUUUGGACCACCUGUUUCACAGUGAGACUUGUAAGACAGACGGGUGGAUGUCAAAUGUGUGGAUGCAGAAAGAGCAUCAACUGCUACAAGCUGCUGUUUGGAUCAAAUAAAUAUCGUCUGCCUGGAUGAACUGUAUGGAGUCAAUGUGCUUUGGUUCUGUUGGAGGAAAGCGGUGCAUCUUUUUGAUGUCUAAAGAAAACCUUGAAUUGUAUUGGAUUAAAAAUAAAAAGAAGGAAUGUUUUUCAAAUACAUAGAUGCCAAGACAGACUGUUCUAGUUUGAAUAAAGAUUUAUUAAUUGAGCAUUGAUCAGAAAACAAUAUCAAGAGAUGAUUUAACAAUGUACCAGGAAAGGUGUAAUUUGUAUAAAAUAGGAACAGAUGUUUAUUUGUUUUUAUUGGGAGACAUCACCAAUAAUAAUGUUUUCAUUUUGAUCUACAAUACUGAUUUACAGAAAUAAAGAUAUGUUAAAAAAACACA